GGGGCGCAUCUGUGUUUCGACGUCACCAGAAGAAGAAGGUAUUUCCCGUCAUCCCCCGCGCACUUGUAGUUCGGAUUAGCUCCAGUCGGUAGCAAUAAGUCAAGGAGUUUCCGACAGGUGUGAGAUGAACGCCCUUGCCCAGUCCGCCCUCCUGCUCCCCAGCCUGGACAGUGGGGUGGGGAAGCCUGCAGGGCUGGGGGGCUCAGAGAUGGAGCUCCAGAAGAUGCUGAUUGAUGAGAGGAUGAGGUGUGAAAACCACAAGACCAAUUACCAGGCCCUGAAGGCUGAACACACCAGGCUGCAGGAUGAGUUUACACGGGGGCAGAGUGAACUGAAGCGUCUGCUGAGUGACAAGCAGGCGAGCCAGGAGAGGCUGCAGCUGCUCCUGGCCGAGCUGAGAGGAGAACUGCUGGACAAGACCAGGGAGCUGGAAGAGCUGCGUGUACAGGUGCUGACCCCUCAGAGGUUGGAGCUGUUGAGAGCUCAGGUGCAGCAGGAGAUGGAAGCUCCAGUCAGAGAACGCUUCAACAGGCUAGAGGAGGAGACUGAGAAGUACAGGUCCGAGUACAACAAGCUGAGGUAUGACUACACCUUCCUUAGGUCUGAGUUUGACCACCAGAGGGAGGAGAGCGCUCGCAUCCUGGAAGAGACCAAGAUCCGCUUUGACGCUGAGGUAUCAGGGCUGGAGCGUGACAGGGAGGACCUGGUGGCCCAGGUCCAGGGUCCGGACCCGUCUCGUGAUGGGAAGCGGGUGGAGGUGCUGCUGAGAGACAAGGCCCAGCUCCACCUGAGGAUGAAGGGCCUGGAGGCCGAGGUGGCCGAGCUCCGCGCCCAGAGAGACAACUCUGGCCAACAGGCUGAAAACGUGCAGCGAAUCCAGGUCCGCCAGCUAUGCGAGUCCCAGGCUGCGGUCAAGGCCCUGGAGGCGGAGAGGCAGUCUCUGCGUCUGCAGCUGGAGCGUCUGGAGAGCGAGCUGCAGCUCAGCCACGAGCAGAACACCCUGCUGACCUCACGACUCCACAAGGCAGAGCGAGAGGUCAACUCCCUCACCAGCCAGGUGGAGGGCAUGAGACACUCUCACAAGCUGGAUGUGUCCAACGUGAAGCUGGAGUGUGCCCGGGCGAGAGGGGAGGUGGAGAGAGAGAGAGACGCCCUGCAGGGACAGAUGGAGGGGCUGCAGUCUGAUGUGGAGGUGUUGAAGGGGACGGUGGAGCGACAGAAGGAGCUGCAGGUGGAGAGAGAGAGGGAGGCGGUCAGGAGGGUGCAGGCCGCCAGGGAGGAGGAGUUCCACAAAACUGCAGCUCUACACGAGGAGAAGUUGGAGCUGGAGAAUCGCUUGGCCGAGCUGGAACAGCAGAGGGCGCUGCAGGAAGCUUCUGAGCGCGCCCUGAAGGAGGAGUGGGAGGAGCGUCUCCGUGGCGCCCAGCAGGGGGAGGAGUCAGUCCGUAAGGAAGUGCAGAGCCUGAGGACCAGGCUGCAGCAGCAGGCAUCUCAGCUGGAGGAGCAGGAGAGACUGAGGAGUGAGAACACUGACCUCAGACAGCAGAACCAGGACCUGGAGGUGCAGCUGACCACGCUGGCCCACAGCGAGGGAGAGCUCCAGGAGGGCAGCCAGCGCCUCAGGGACACCCUGGAGAGGGUCCGCGAGGAGCUGCGUAACGCCCGGAGCCAGGCUGAGAGGAGCCAGCACGAGGCUGAGAGGCUGGUUGAGGAGCGCAGGGUGGAGUGGUUGGAGGAGAAACACAAGCUUCAGGAGCGGGAGGCGGAGCUGCAGGAGAAGUACAGCCAGGCCAAGGAGAAGCUGCAGAGGGCAGCUCUGGCCCAGAAGAAGAGGAAGACUCUGACAGAGAACAAGGAGAAGAGGUAUCAGGAUAAGAUCCAGCUGCUGGAGGCCAAGAUGGCAGAGCUGGAACUGCUGACCAGCACAGCCACCAAGCGUCCGUCGUACUCCGAGGAGCAUGCGGCGCUCAACCGCCGUCUGAAGGAGCUCCAGCGAAGACACGGGGAAUUCCAUCGCCUUUUAUUGGGCAACCAGAUGACCUCCACCCCCGGCCCCACCCUCCUGACCUCCACCCACGGCCCCGUCCUCAUCCCAGGUUCCGAGGAGACCUUUCUCAGCCUCCAGGAGGAGCAGCACCAGAGAGACCUGUGUCUGCUGCGCCGCAGGCUGGAGGAGCUGGAGUGCAGCCAGCAGCAGCAGCUGGAGGACAUGGAGGCCACGGAGAGAAGAGACAGGAGCCCAGGACCGUCAGAGCCACACCUUGAACUCUGACCCCUGACCCCUGAGAAGAGACAGGAGCCCAGGACCGUCAGAGCCACACCUUGAACUCUGACCCCUGACCCCUGAGAAGAGACAGGAGCCCAGGACCGUCAGAGCCACACCUUGAACUCUGACCCCUGAGAAGAGACAGGAGCCCAGGACUGCCAGAGCCACACCUUGAACUCUGACCCCUGAGAAGAGACAGGAGCCCAGGACUGCCAGAGCCACACCUUGAACUCUGACCCCUGACCUGCUGACCCCCAGGCUUUAUAUCACGGAUUGGCAUUGGGGGUUAUUCCUCGCCUCCAAACUAAGAUUUGAUGUUUCUUGAUUUUAAUGUAAUCACUGACAUUAACUUUAUUCUAUUUUUAUUAGUUUUAUUGGCACAUGCAUUACAUCAGCACACAGGAAAUUGUUUUGUAGAUGUUUACAUGUAUUUGUCAAUGUCUUUGUCUGAAAUCGAUAUGAUGGACAAACAGUGUCUUACUCAGGUUUUAAAAUGGCUUUCGAAAGGAUGUUUGUAUCAAAUGUGUUAUCAUAUUAAUGGGGUGAGACUUAAACAAUGGUUUUACUACAGUU